CCCUGGGAAGAGUAACAUUGAUCGUAUCUGCCUAAAAAUUUGACAAUCCAUUAACCUACGGCAUACACCCACCUUCCCUUCUAGCCCAGUUAAGAUGGAUCUGGUACGAGAGCGCAGCCUCUCCCGAGUCCGCAGACAGGGUGCCAAGAUCUUCUCGUCCUCAGCCUCCAUCAGGUUGGAUAUCCCAUACAAAGAGACAGCAUGGUCUAUCUAUCCUCUGCGCGCUAGCUAAGCCACCGGUGGAGCUCUAUGGGCCAAGAGUCCAAGUCCGAGCCCUAGUUCGAUAUUUUGGGUUCCGCUGGUGAGGAUAUGUAUUGCCAAGCAGUUCAACACAUGUGCUAAGGCAUGCCACGAACACUUCGAAUACGAAAUUUCUGCGGCUCCAUCGCUACUUCUCAUGGAUAAAGGACACUUCUCAGUGUUUCAUUGUGCUGACUUUCGUCAACUACUCACCCUGAACCGCUCUUCAUGAAUACACUAUUCUGGUAGAAACCUCCUAAUCGCAUUCACAGGCGGCAAGGCAAGCACCUUUGGAAUCCUUGCGCGAUUUACCACUUCGUUUCUUACUCACUCUCUUUCUCUAUCUCUUUCAAUAUAUUCCCGAACCACAGAUGUUAUCUACCCAAGGACAUAAACCAACACCUCCGUCUUCCUCGGACAUCGCCCUCACUAUGGAUGGAGGUACUAGUUCAGGAGCUCGAACCUACGCCAACAGUGUAGAGUCCGGCCUGGAACAGAAAGGCAAAUUCGAGGACCAGGCUAAGGUUGACGAGCAGCUGCUCAACCUAGCGCGGAAACUUAGCACACGAACUGAAAACUUUCAUCACCGCUCCCCAUUUGAAGCGAGUGAGGGUAGCUGUCUAGAUCCAAAUAGUCAUGAAUUUCGUGCUAGAGACUGGGCAAAAGCUUUCUACAAUGUGAGAUACGCUACGGACGAAAGCUGCCCUCCCCGAGUUGCGGGAGUUGCCUUCAAAGGUUUGAGUGUCUCUGGUUACGGGAGUCCCGUGGACUAUCAAAUGAGCGUCGGAAAUGCCCUGCUGAAGCUGCCCACCAUGAUGUAUCAGUUCCUUGGCGGCAAGAAGCGGAAGAUUAAUAUUCUUCAAGGCCUUGAUGGAUUGGUUCUACCCGGCGAACAGCUUUGUGUACUAGGUCCUCCUGGAUCAGGCUGUUCAACUUUUCUCAAAACAAUUGCUGGUGAAACCCACGGCUUUCAGGUAGAUCCAGCAGCUUAUAUUAACUACCAAGGGAUAACCCCCAAGCAAAUGGCAGCCGAUUUCCGGGGUGAGGCCAUCUACACCGCAGAAGUUGAUGCGCACUACCCAAUGCUUUCAGUCGGUGAUACACUAUACUUUGCGGCUCUUGCCCGUGCACCUCGUAACCUUCCCGGUGGAAUCAGUCCCAAGGAGUACGCCACUCAUUUACGGGAUGUAAUCAUGGCUAUGUUCGGGAUUAGUCACACGAUCAAUACCCGAGUCGGCAAUGACUUCGUUCGUGGUGUCAGCGGGGGUGAAAGAAAGCGGGUCACGAUCGCAGAGGCUGCAUUAAGCUAUGCUCCCUUACAGUGCUGGGAUAACAGCACUAGAGGUUUAGACAGCGCAAACGCAGUGGAGUUCUGCAAGACACUGAGAACGCAAAGUGAUGUUUUUGGAAUGACUUCCUGUGUUGCGAUCUAUCAGGCUCCACAGGCUGCGUACAAUUUGUUCGACAAAGUUAUCGUCCUAUAUGAAGGACAUCAGAUAUACUUCGGCGCGGCUGAUGAUGCCAAAGACUACUUUGAGCGUCUCGGCUUUUUAUGCCCAGAGUCUCAGACAACUGCUGACUUCCUUACAUCCAUGUCCAGUCCUACGGAACGCAUCGUCAAACCUGGUUUUGAGAGCCUGGCACCGAGAACCCCCGAGGAGUUUGCAAAACGGUGGACAGAGAGCCCAGAACGCCAAACCCUGCUGCGCCAAAUUGAUCAGUAUGCCAGUGAACACCCCUUUGACGGAGACGAUCUGGGCCGAUUUGCUUUAUCUCGACACACAGAGAAGUCAACGAGCCAGCGGCAGAAAUCCCCAUAUACUCAGUCAUACUGGGGCCAGAUUCGACUUUGUAUGUGGAGAGAACUGCAGCGUUUGAAGAAUGACCCAAGCGUUACCCUCGCUAUGCUCAUCUGUAACUUUUUCGAGGCAUUGAUAAUUGCGAGUAUUUUCUACAAUCUCUCCGGGAAUACCGCGUCGUUUUUCUCCCGUGGGGCUCUUCUAUUUAUGAUGGUUCUUCUCAACGCAUUUUCGAGUAUGCUCGAGAUCCUGAGUUUAUAUGCCAAACGAACAAUCGUGGAAAAACACAACCGGUAUGCCCUAUACCACCCUAGCGCUGAGGCGAUAUCAUCGAUGAUUAUGGAUAUGCCAUAUAAAAUCGUGAACUCGUUAUUGAUGAACCUAACACUGUACUUCAUGGCGAAUCUGCGGCGUGAGCCUGGGGCAUUCUUUUUUAACUAUCUCAUUUCAUUUAUGAUGGUGAUGAGCAUGUCAAUGUUUUUUCGCCUCUUUGCAUCACUUACCAAGAGCAUCCACCAGGCACUCGCUCCGUCAUCGAUUAUUCUCAUGGCCCUAGUUCUAUAUACUGGAUUUGCUAUUCCGGUUCAUUAUAUGCGCGGAUGGGCUUCGUGGAUUCGGCACUUGAAUCCUGUGGCAUACGGGUUUGAGGCUCUUAUGGUCAAUGAGUUUCACGGACGGACCUUUCCCUGUGUGUCGUUCAUUCCCUCUGGACCAGGAUAUGGCAAUAUAUCCAACGACCAACAUGUCUGCUCAACUGUAGGAUCUGUUCCGGGCUCGGAUCUUGUUGCAGGUACAACUUAUGUUAAGUCUACAUUUGGGUACGAAAAUAGUCAUCGCUGGAGAAACUUUGGUAUUAUUCUCGCUAUCACGGUCUUUCUGACAGUGUGUCAAGUUAUUGCAACAGAACUUGUUGCUUCUGAGCGAUCUAAAGGAGAAGUCCUUGUGUUCCGCCGCGGCAGCUCCCAGAAAGCCAGGACAAAGGAAUGUAAACAGGAUGAGGAGCGAACACAAGCCCCUGUCGUCCAAAAUGAGAAGUAUACAGAGGGGCCUAGCUCGCUUGCAGGUGUGGAGAAACAGGCUUCUAUCUUUCACUGGGAGAAUGUUUGCUAUGACGUGAAGAUCAAGAGCGAGACCCGAAGGAUCUUGGAUAAUGUUGAUGGUUGGAUCAAGCCCGGCACUUUGACUGCCUUAAUGGGUAGUUCUGGCGCUGGAAAGACUACUCUACUCGACGUACUGGCUAACCGUACUACUGUUGGGGUUGUUGGUGGUGAUAUGCUCGUCGAUGGCCGACCACGGGAUAGUUCCUUUCAACGCAAGACAGGCUACGUGCAACAACAGGACCUCCACCUUCACACCUCCACCGUGCGCGAGGCCCUAGAGUUUAGUGCCUUGCUUAGACAGCCACCUCAGUUUACUCGGGAAGAAAAGUUGGAAUAUGUUGAGAAAGUGCUGGAUCUUUUAAACAUGAGAGACUAUGCUGACGCUAUAGUGGGAGUACCAGGAGAGGGCCUUAAUGUGGAGCAAAGGAAGCGCCUCACAAUCGGCGUCGAGCUUGCUGCACGUCCAAAGUUGCUUCUUUUCCUAGACGAGCCUACCUCGGGCCUGGAUAGCCAGACCUCAUGGUCAAUAUGCAAUCUCAUGGAGACGUUGACCAAAAAUGGGCAAGCUAUCUUGUGUACUAUCCAUCAACCAUCUGCCAUGUUGUUUCAGCGCUUUGAUAGACUGCUCCUUCUAGCAAAGGGAGGAAAAACCGUGUACUUUGGUGAGAUCGGACGCGAAUCUAAAAUACUGAUGGACUAUUUCGCUCGGAAUGGUGCCCCUUCUCCAUCACCUGGCAGCAACCCAGCAGAACACAUGCUCGAGGUGAUCGGCGCCGCACCUGGGGCUAGAAGCGAGAUUGACUGGCCCGCAGUCUGGAGAAACAGCCCUGAAUAUCAGGAAGUGCGCCAUGAGCUCUCGAACUUGAGAGCGUUAGCAAAUCAACCCUCGCCUACCUCAGAUGUCAGCGACAAACAUGGCUAUGCCGAAUUUGCAGCUCCAUUCUCGACCCAGUUAGCGCAAGUCGGACGUCGAGUAUUCCAACAGUACUGGCGUACUCCGGCGUAUAUCUACUCCAAAGCCUUGUUGACCAUCGGUUGCUCAUUGUUCAUAGGAUUCUCUUUCUUCAAGGCCGAUAAUACAAGCCAAGGACUACAGAACCAGAUGUUUGGCGUUUUCGUCUUUCUCUUCGUCGUGAUUCAGUUGAUUAUUCAAAUCAUCCCAUCGUUUGUCACGCAGCGAACCCUCUACGAGGCUCGAGAGCGGCAGUCCAAAACCUAUUCGUGGCAAGCUUUCGUUUUAACCAACAUAGUGAUUGAGCUUGCGUGGAACACGAUCAUGGCAAUAUUAUGUUUCCUCGUUUGGUUUUACCCGGUUGGCCUUUACCGUAACGGCCAGUAUACCGACGCACAGCACUCUCGGAGCACCCUCGCCUUUCUCUUCAUCUGGGCAACGUUCCUCUUCGCCAGCUCGUUGGCGCACAUGCUAAUUGCAGGAGUCGAGAGCCCGGAGAUAGCAUCAACUCUUUCCAACGUAUUGGCUAUCAUGAUGUACGCAUUUUGCGGGAUUCUUGCAGGUCCACAUGCACUUCCUGGCUUCUGGAUUUUCAUGUAUAGGGUCAACCCGUUUACCUACUUAGUGUCGGGCUUGCUAUCAACUAGUCUCGGGAAUGCGCCUAUGCAUUGUGCAGAAAAUGAGUUCUUGUCAUUUUCUGCUCCUGCAAAUCUGACCUGCGGCGACUACAUGCAAGACUAUAUUUCCUCCCAUGGGGGCUACUUGCUCGACUCAGAAGCCCGGGGUGGCAUAAACUGCCAUUUCUGCAUGUCAGAUAACACCAACCAGUUCCUGAGAAAUGUUAAUAUUGAUUUCUCGACACGAUGGAGGGACUUUGGACUGAUGUGGGUGUAUGUGGUGUUUAAUACCGUUGCGGCAAUCUUUCUCUACUGGCUCUGUCGAGUGCCCAAGGGUAAGAAGAGACUCUGAAGGCCGUCAUCUUGCCCUCUUUCUCUCUUCCUACUUUUCGAUCUCAUCAUGGGCCCGGCACUUGCUAAGGUAUCUGUCUACUCUUGAGAGGAUUCCAUUUAUGUUCUUAUAAUCUAUCACUUUCAUUUUCGUCUUGGUCAGACAGUUGUCCUGAAGCUUGAGCUUUGUUUUAGACAAUACUAUAUAGAGAGUAAUAGAUUUUGCUUGGAGGCAAUAGGAAAUUCUGUUAUUACUGGCUGGAACGCUCAAAGCAAUUGGUGGUUGACAUCCUGCAGUCAGAUAUUACCGCGGAUCAGUCAUUGCUCACCAGCCCCCUCAUUUUGCCGCCUAAAACUAGAUACACAACCCAACUUGUCCCUGUCUUCCAGGUCAUGGUGGAGAGCCUCUUGCUUUCUCUCCCAAUCUAGGUCAUUUGGGUGACCAGGUAUAGGACCGGGAUAUCUCUAUAACAGUAAUCAGUAAGAUGCUCUUCUUGAUAGACAAUGGAUGGCAGGAGGACAAAUUGGAACUCUCCAUAGUCGCGUAUCGGGACCUAACCGUGCUGGAUACAAGCCAAAGCGGCUGUAUGCCGUCUACAAACAAUAGAAGUCGACAGGGGAGGUUAUUUAUGAGUCCAAAGUCAAAAUGAAUUAAGCAUCUGAAGGCUAG